AUGUUUAAUGUUGUCGAUCCUCCUGGUGCAAAAUUUACAACUCUGAAUACAAAGUUACUGCAUGUUAGGAGAGCUGACAACCGUCUAUUAUACGAGUACAACGCAGAUGCCUUCUCCUCUCUCCAAUCGCUAUGGGUGAACAGGAAGGACUAUAACUAUUUCUUGAUUCACUUCGAGGCUAUUUUCAACCCUGAUCUGUCCUUUCCAGCGUUCUACAUCCAAAAUUUUAGCAUUGGGAUUGUUUCUGCCUAUGCAAGGGUUGUUCUCGCCAAAAUAGGCCGAACUGGUGGAACGACUGAUGUUAGUUUAAAUACAACACUCUCAUGCCCAGGUACCUUUAGCAGGGCAAUGCCAUACAACGGACAACUGAUUUGUAAAAUUUCAUAUGAUCAAUUCAACAGGGUGAUUGAAGAUGGCGACAAUUUAACUAUACUUGCAGUAACAGAAACAAGCGGAUUUAGAAAUCUUAGGAACAUGGAUAAUUUUUUCAGGAAAGAUAAUUAUACCUCAGCAAUAUCUCACAGAUCCCUUAACUUCAUUUUCGACUUUACGAAACCUAAACAUUGUUCUGAUUCAAACAAUUGUGCGUUGUAUGAAUUGUUACCACUGAAACUAUCAAAUGAUGCAAGUAAGGACCCAUUUACGUUCGAAAUAAAUGGAUGGAAUGAUAUUCCCUCAGGAAUCAAAACCUACUUUCUAGAGGUGCAUAACCUGAAAAAGAAAACCGAUUCUGAUGCACUGACGGAGGAAGCACCAAUGCAUCCACUCAGUCGUAAGGAAGGACAUAUACCAGAAAAACCCUUUGAAGAAUUUACACCACCCGAUCCAGGAGUUUAUUCAUUCAUUUUGCAAGUAACAGAUAAAGCUAACAACUCGGAGUUUGCAAGACAGAUUGCUAUAUAUGACCCAAAUUCUACAAUCACAACAACUGAAGAAUCUAACUUGUACGUGUCCAGUGCAGAGAAACUCAGUAAUUACAGCUGGCAAUCAAGGUGUUCCACAGUGGAAAUCACGUGGAGAGACUACUUCAGAAACUCAUACCAGGUGGAAAACCACUUCUUUUUGCCAGUCGAGAAUUUUCCUAUUCAAGUAGAAGGCGGUGAAUUAAAGGAGCUGAAGAAUGAAGUUGUGAAAUAUGUGAAAGAAGUUUACGAUGACCAUGACGGAAAAAGAACCGUCUCGGCUGUGAAACACGUGAAUGGAAUAACUGAAUUUGAAGUAUACUACACGUUUAUUUCAUAUAGAAAUACACCAACAACUGCAAGUAACAACUUCGACAAUAUCACAGAAACAAUGACAACUGCUAAUACAACUGAAUCUGGUAACUUUACAUUCACGUCAGGAAAUUUUGAAAAUACUAUAACGUCAGAAAUAAAAUCAACAAAGAAUAAAUACACAAUCCCUUCUUCAACUAUGUCAACGGUAACCGUUAUGACAAGUGGAUCACCAUGUAUAUAUACAAUGAACGGGAAGGAAAUGGAAAACCAGUGGAAUAAGAUACAUGAUAUCACAAACAGUACAUUUGUUCUUAAAUACGAAUGGAAAGACGGUGACAGUAUAAAUAUCUCUGUCAGAGCUCGCGAUAUAGUAAACAAUAGAAAGACCAAUUCCAGACUAGUAAAUUUUGACGGCUCGCCACCAUCUGCAAGUGAUGCUUUGUUUACAAAAAAUGUUGGCAACAAAACAUAUGAUUACUCAAGCAGCGUUCGUAUAAGUGCUUCGGAUAAACACAGCGGUGUUCGACAGGUCAGAUGGCGAAUAAGGUACAGAAACAAGCAAAACAACAUACAUAAAGAAGGAUUUUUCUUGAACAACCCGGUUCAGAUAUAUGAUUGCUCCACGUCUGAUGACUGUUACUGUAUUCCUAUGGGAGAAUGCUACAAAAAGGACACACUCAACAGUUUAACGUCCUUUAAUGGAAUUGAAGCUGGUGUUGGGAUUAAAAAUCUUCAAAAAGAGUCGAUUGGGAACGAAGUUAAGUUUACCUGGGAUAAUAUACCUUCCUGCUAUAAAGUUGCAGACAUCACCAUCUUCGUUUAUAUCGACUGCGAUAAAUCCAAACCUCCUCGAGAGAUAGCCCUACCCACAGAUAAAACAGAAUAUACCCUGAGCAGUCUGGAGUCAGGGAAAGAGUACUGUGUUGAGGUGAUAUCAAACAAUACAGGGAAAACAGCAGCGUUGAUGAAUUCGUGGAGUAUAGAGACACCGCCAGCCAUACCCAUAUCUCUGAUUGCAGGUGUCAGCGCAGUCCUGGCCAUCUUGCUGGGAAUUAUUUUGGCGUUUGUCGUUUUAUGGAGGACUGGGCGCCUGAAUACAGAAACAAAACGUAGAUUGACCAUGUACCUAAAGAGACCGGUUACCAUGAUGAUGGGAAAACGAAAGACGGGGUUCUACAAUGGACAUUUUCAAGAUGAGGAAAUUUACGACUUUGGCAGAAUGGUUUUUUCUGACAACGAGGGCUGGUUAUAUACUUUUGAUGAUAUAACACUGAAGGGAAAAAUUAAAUCUGGAGACUUCGCUGAUAUCUAUUUAGCAGAACUCUGCAAGAAAGAUGUUAUUGUGGCUAAAAUUUUAAAAGAGGAUUACAAUGAAGAAGACCGCCUCGUUUUACAGGCCAAGAUCAGCUUCUUUGCCACCGAGGUUCCACCUCACGAAAAUAUCAUACAAUUUUUAGGAUCGGUCCUGAAUCAUCCUCUAGUUGGACCAUAUAUGCUUCUGGAAUAUUGUGAGCUUGGGCAAUUAAAAGAAUGGCUGAUUGGACAAAAAGAUAAAAUAAAUGAUGACAUGAUAACAUCUCUCUGUAAAAUAGUCCACGGUAUAGCCAAAGGCAUGGAGGCCCUGGCAAUCAAAGGAAUUGUACACAAAAGGUUGACGGCCAGAAAUAUUCUACUGACCUCAAACCUUGUUCCCAAAGUAGCAGGCUUUGGUCCCACACCCGAGGAGGGAGAGAACGAAUUAAAUAAAAAGGAAGCCAUGGAAAGAAAACCAAUUAAGUGGCUUGCCCCAGAGUGUUAUGGUUCAAUGAAGACUUGUACUUCAAUCAGUGAUGUAUGGGCUUUUGGGGUUGUCAUCUGGGAAACAUUCAGUACUGGACAGAAUCCUUACCCUGGAAUUGAUUGGAAAGUUCUCACAAUGAAAGUAAAGAAUGGCUACAGAAUGAGCGCCCCAGAAUUUUGUCCCGAAACCCACGCGGUGUUAAUGAGAAAUUGCUGGGAGACCAAACCCGAGGAUAGAGCGACUUUCACCAAUAUCGUGACGACGCUUGACAGGUACUAUGACGCACGAUUCCCGGACUCAGUGUAUGCUACAGACGCAGUUUAGGCUUGCAGAAAUAAUCACUUAGUUAUAAAUCCAAAUUUAACGAUACGCAUCCUUCAUUUUUGAUAUUUUAAUGACAAUCCAACAAUAUUUUUCCUUUUUUGCAUCUAUUGUCUUAAACUGUUAGAAAAGUGAUGGAAUAUGAACUUAAAUAUGUUGAGAGAGCAACAACUACUGAUUAACUUGCCACGGCUAAGUUUUAUUUAAAAUUUUGAUACAUUUGUGCGCACAUGAUGCAAUUUUCUUUAACCAAGUUUGAGUCUAAUCCUCAUAAUCAACGUUUUGACGUCUAUAUUUAUAAGUCUAUAAGUCUUUUAAUAAGAAGAUUUUACAACCUAUUCAAAUCAAAAUGUGCAGAAAGAAUGUUUGAGGAUGGUAUUUCGGAUCAUUUAACAUGCCAUUAUCUAAAUUAUUUCAUUUAAACGGCGAUUUGUUUUUAAAAUCAGAUUUGUAAUUAAAAAAAAGUGCUUCUUAUGGUCGGUGGGGGCAUCAUGGUCUCACGGUAAGAGUCGUCAGUAAGUGAACACGUUUGUAUGCCCUUUAUUCUCUCAGUAUCCUUACGCAGUAUAAAUAGCUUAUUUAAUUAAAUAUACUCAGUUUUAAUUGUUACUGGAAAUGAUUUACCUUGCUGACACUGUACUGCUCGUCGUUGAACAAGGCAUAUUUAAUCAUAAAGUCCAUCUGUACAGAAAUAAGAAAUGACGGUGGAUAUAGGUGAAGUACUCGUAAAGUAGAUCCAUGUCCUCUUUUGAAUCAUAAUCAGACUAUAAUAUAAAUUUAAAUUCAAAGGUAUAG